GCCGUCGCCACUGACACUCCAGAUCAGGCCCAGUUCACGCCGCCGGGGUGGGCUGCUACCAACGGACAUGAGGGGGUGGUGGAGCGGCUUCCUAAAGCGGAAGGUAUCAACCGUGGAAGUCGGGAUGCAUGCGGAUGGACCCGUUCGCCUGGGUUGCGCACACUGGGCACGGGGGGGUGGUAGGGAUACUGCUGGAGGGGGAAGGCGUCGACUUCGCAGGGCACGACAUGCAUUGCCGGAUAUCGAUCAUGCUGGCCACCCUGAUAGGACAGGGGGGGGUAGUGUGGAUACUGAUUGAGCGGGAGGGCGUCGAUCUCAACGGGAGUGGCAUCUGCAGCGACACGGCAGCCCUGUUCGCUGCGAGAAUGGGGCACGAGGGUGUUGUGCAGCUGCUGCUUGAGUGCGAGAACGUCAGGCCUGAUAUUUCCGUCACCUUGUCGCGGACUCCACUAAUGCGGGCGGUACGCAAUGGACAUGUAAGGGGGGUGGGGAAACUGCUCGGCGAGAAAGAUGUCGGCCACGGGGAAUGCGACAGGCAGAGCCAAACGGCGCUCAUGUUCGCUGUGAACGAGGGGCAUUUGGAAGUGGUCCACUUGCUUCGCGGCAGUGGAGAUAUCGAUCCCGACACUUCCGACAACACGGGCAGGACACCGCUGCCGUCGGCCACCCAAAGCCAGCAUCCCGAGACAGCCAGGCCACUACAGGCCUAC